AUGGCUCUCAGCGCAGACGGCUCCGGCGACAAGGGCUCGAGCGCCCAGGAUCUGGAGUCCCUCGACACCUACAUCCAGAACACACUCUCUGCCCUCUACCCACCAUUUGAGGCCACGGCGGCCACAGUGCUCUGGCAGGUGUUCAGCGUGGCUGAGAGGCUCCACGGAGGGGAUGGGCUGCGCUGCCUCACUGACUUCCUCAUCCCGGCCAAGAGGGCCCUUCAGCACCUGCAGCAGGAAGCCUGUGCCAGGUACACAGGCCUCAUCUUCUUCCAUGAAGGUUGGCCACUGUGCAUCCACGGGAAGGUGGUGGUGCAGUUGGCGUCCCUCCGUGGAGUCAGGCUCAGGCCCGGGGACUUCUACCUGCAGGUCACAUCGGUGGGGAAGCAGUCGGCCAGACUGGUCUUAAAAUGCCUCUCUCAGCUAGGAAGAGGCUCAGAGGAAGUCGCUGUGCCUGAGGCCAUGUAUGGCUGUGUCUUCACAGGAGAGUUCCUGGACCAGGUGAACAGGGAACGCAGCAGUGCCCUCUUGAAAAACUGCUUGCUGACCUCAGGCUCUACCGUCUAUCGCACCCCAUGGAGUAACGUCACAGUUCCCGUGUUUGUACCCACCAGCGGAAGAGCACUGACCAGCCGCUCCAGCCAUCCCGGGCCUGAGCAGCCACCAGGCAGCGCCUCGGAGGCCCCAGCCCUGGCACCAGCCAUGGCCAGCCCCUGUCUGCAGGAGAGCACCUCUUCCAGCAACACUGCAACCCUACCUCCCUGUGCUGGGCAUCCCGGCAGUGACCAGCCCAGCCACCUUGCUUACGUGAGAAGAGCUGAGUGCGAAAGCCCCAGGACCCUGCCCAGGAGCUCUGGCGUGGGCCCGCGGGAGCCAUCUGAGAGCCUUGAAGGACCGGGAGGGAAGCUGGACCCCAUGGACAAGAAGGAUGGCCCCCAGGCCCUUACGUCUCCCGAGGACACAGACAGCCCAAGAAAGCGGCCACCUGAGGUCCCCGCUGCCAUGGAAACCAGACGCUGGUUCAGGAAGUCCUACAUGGAGGCCCUUCGGAACCCCAUGCCCCUGGGCUCCAGCUCUGAGGAGUCCCUGGUGGAUGAGGCCUCCAGCACCCAGAGCAAGAGGUCAGGGGCAGUGGCCAGCCCGACCCAGAAAGGAACCCCUGGCCCCCAGGGAGACUCCCAGGGGAUCUGGAGUCAGGGGAGCUGUCCAGGAACUGCUGGGAGGACCCUUACCAGGAGGUCUAGGUCCUUGGACAGGUCUCUCAGGAGCGUGCAAGGUGAUGUCCAGCAGGCCUCCCCUCAUUCGUCCUGCGCUGGACCCAGAGGUCUUCUAGGAGGACAAGCUGUGGGGACCAGAAACUUGCACUCCAGCCAGCCUUCUGUCUGUACCACAGAGAAAGCUGGUGUCAACACAGAUGGUUGCAGCUUCCAAGGACACAACCCCAGCAAGUUUCCAGAUGUGCUUGCUGAGCUGCUGUGUCCUGAGGGUGAAGGGCAGCCGCCCAGCACCGGAGGCCUGCCCAGCCAGGUGCCCGGGCAGGUGCUGGAGACCAACUCGGAGCUGCUACAGUCUGGGGCCGUCAUCCUCCCAGGGACCCGAGACCGCCAGGGGAGAGCAGUAGUGCAGGUCUGCACGAGGAGCCCGCUCUGGUCCAGCCACCACAUGUCCAGUGCCGAGCUGAGCCGCCUGCUGAAGUACCUCCAUGGCAUCCCCAGGAAGGAGGUGCGGGACCUGGGGCUGGUCAUCCUGGUGGACGCACGCAAGAGUCCAGCCUCUCCUGCCCUCUCCCAGGCCCUGGCAGCUCUGCAGAACACAUCUCCCCCGAUAAUUCAUAGUAUUUUGCUGUUGGUGGGUAAAGAAUCAGCAUUCAGACCUGACAAGGCUGCAGCAAUUCAGUGUGAGGUGGUGGGCUCCCUGAAGGCCCUGCACAAGUUUGUCGACAGCUCCCAGCUGACCGUAGACCUCGAAGGCUCCUUUCCCUACAGCCACAGUGACUGGAUCUGCUUCCGCAGGAAGCUGGAGCCCUUUACCACAAACUGCCGGGAUGCCAUUGCUUUCCUACAAAGUUUAAUCGGUUCCCUAAACACCCACAGGACCCUAAACACGGCACAGGAAAUCACAGAGUCCAUCAGCGAGCACAAGGCCAUAAUGAAGCGAGUCCUGGAAGACGAGCUGCUGGUGGCCCUCCGCCUGGAGGGCGGCACCGUGCUGGCACGGCUGAGGAGGGAAGAACGUGGGGCCAGCGAAGACAGCCGAGACAGCAUCGAGGCUGCCUCCCAGCUGUAUAACCAAGUGGAUGAAGAGAUCCACCGGCUGGUCCUCACCUCCAACAGGUGUCUGCAGGAGCUGGAGAGUCUACGGGAACUGAGGACACUUCAGGAGGAAAGUGACCAGCAGUGUUGUCAGAAAGGACGACCGCUGAUGGAGGAGAACGACUCUAAGGACACAGAGGAAACAGUCCAAGACGCCGGGAGGCGUCUGAGCGCCUCGGCCGGCCAGGCUGAGUGGAGAGAGGGAGAGCUGGCCCAGUGCAUUCGCCAGUCCCAGUUCUGCGAGACAGUGAAUGGGACGAAAAGGCAUUGCAGUGAGUGCCUGGAACGCCUGGGCCCAGGGCUGGUUGCGGAGUAUUUGAAGAGCUGUCACCAGGAGGCCAUGGGGGUGUCCGCGAACACGGCCGUGGUGGGCCUCGGUGGCCAGCAGGCACUGGCACAAUGGCACGCCUUGAGGCUGCAGUGCCAGCAGGCCCCCCUCCACUCCCAAGAGGCCCUUUCUGAGGCUGCCCCGGGCCCCGGACCCCUGCCUCUGGACCAGAGCCCCUUGAAGCGCGAGCUUGUCCAGGGGGCUGAGAUGAGGCACCGCGAGGCAUCCUGGAUCCCCCCCACUGACCCUGAGGGCCACACUGGGGAGUGGGCACGACUGCUGUCCAGCCUCCCUGGACAAGUCGCUCUGUGUGGGCAGGGGGGUGAGCACCUGGACCCAGGUGUGCACGACCCGGACAACAGCUCCACUUGCUCCUCUGAGCCCACCCAGACCCCCACCAUCCACCACAGGAAACAUCCUGUGAAGAAAAUUAUGAAGAAAACACUAAGCUUUGAAAUUCCUCAGCUUGACAGUGGCCCCAGGGACUCCCACUGGCCAGGCCACACUGGGGUCUUCAUCAAAGGCCUGGAGGUGACCAGCACUGUGGCCUCAGAGAAGAAGCCCUCACUGAGGGCACCUGCCGAAAGCCCCCCAGUCACUCUGAACCGGAGCCUGUCUUCUCCUUCCAGGAUCCAGCCUUCUGAGGGGGACAGGAGGCGGCCAGCAGGAAGCAGCCGCCUGCAGCACAUAAUGGCCGAGAUGAUCUCCACGGAGAGGGAGUAUGUUAGGUCCUUAGGAUAUGUCGUCGACAACUAUUUUCCAGAAAUGGAAAGAGUGGACCUCCCGCAGGACCUGCGAGGGAAGCGCAGCGUCAUUUUUGGGAACUUGGAGAAGCUCUACAACUUCCACCGCCACCACUUCCUCACGGAGCUGGAGCGCUGCCGGCACUGCCCCCUGGCUGUGGGACAUGUGUUCCUGAAACACGAAGAACAGUUUGGCAUGUACGUGCUCUACAGCAAGAACAAGCCCCAGUCGGACGCCCUGCUCUGCAGCCAUGGCCACGCCUUCUUCAAGGACAAGCAGCGGGCACUGGGUGACAAGAUGGACCUGGCCUCCUACCUGCUGAAGCCCGUGCAGCGCAUGGGCAAGUACGCACUGCUGCUCCAGGACCUCGUCAGGGAGGCCAGACGCUGCCCCGCCCGCGAGCAGGAGCAGGGCGAGCUGAAGGCCGCCGAGGACAUGCUCCGCUUCCAGCUGCGCCACGGCAAUGAUCUGCUGGCCAUGGAUGCUGUCCGCGGCUGCGACGUCAAUUUGAAGGAGCAGGGGCAGCUGAGAUGCCGGGAUGAGUUCAUCGUUUGCUGUGGAAGAAAGAAGUACCUGAGGCACGUCUUCCUUUUUGAUGACCUCAUUCUGUUUAGCAAGACCAGGAAGGUGGACGGAGGCUACGACAUCUACACGUACAAGCAGUCCUUCAAGAUGGCUGAAAUCGGGAUGACAGAGACCGUCGGGGACAGUGGUGUGAAGUUUGAGAUCUGGUUCCGUAGGCGGCGGAAAUCCCAGGAGUCCUACGUUCUCCAGGCGAGCUCCCCAGAGGUCAAGGCCAUGUGGACUGACAUGAUAGGGAAGAUCCUGUGGCAGCAGGCUCUGAGGAACAGAGAACUCAGAAUGCGUGAAAUGGUGUCUGUAGGGUUAGGCAGCAAACCAUUUCUGGACGUCAAAGCCAGUGAAGCAGCCAUAAAUGAUCGGGCUGUCAGUUACACUGUGAACGGAACAGAGUCAAGAACCCAAGUGGCCAUCGCUGUGCCCCCCCGUAACCACACCACGCCCUUCAAGAGACCGCACUCCACCAUCUCCGACAGCAGCACCUCCUCCUCCAGCAGCCAGUCCUCUGCCACCCUGUAUGUGUCUACCAGCCAAGCCCACUGCCCCUGGCCGUACGAUGUCCACACCUGUAUCGAGGAGGACGAGCUGGAGCAGGAGACGGGGAGCCAGACUCCGCUACGGACUGAAAGCUCCGAGUCGUCCCAGUGCGUGUCGGGGGACAGCAGCCCUGGCCAACCCAGGCUCUCACGGCCCCUGCCCCCGGGGCUGUUCUCUGAUGAAGGCCCCCAGGGAACGUCUCCCACUCUCCUCCGGAGGGACCCACAGCCACAGCUCGAUGGAGGCCAGUCCACAACCCCCUCCUACCACCUGGGCAUGGCCAGGCCUCCCUUUCGUCCUCCUUGUACAGCUCCUCCUCCUCCGUUCAUCCUGCGUGGACACCCUGCACCGGCCAGCCGCUCCCACCAUGGUGGGAGCACGCGGACCCCUGCCCCCGUGCAGAGGCCCAGACACUCUUGA